AUGUUGCUACUCGUCGCCCUAUUUCUGAUCUCUGCCCUAGCAGUCUAUUUAUGGAUUUUCUACGAGAAUGUAAAACGCUAUCCAAAGGGUCCAACACCAGUUCCUAUUUUUGGCAAUUUGCUUUCUGCUAAUGUACGCAAAAUGCAUGAACAACUCUCGGACUAUGCCAAAGUUUACGGUGAUGUAUAUACUGUUUGGCUUCCACGACCAUUUGUAGUUAUUACUGACUAUGAGCUGAUUAAAGAAGCAUUUUCUAAGAAAGGUGAUGAUUUUUCUGGAAGACAAGGCGGUUUCCCUGGCAAUCUUUUUCAAAUGGUUGAAAACGGAGGAGAUGAUUUUUCUGGAAGACAAGGCGGUUUCCCUGGCAAUCUUUUUCAAAUGGUUGAAAACGGAGGUGUAGUUCAGUCAGAGGGUGACAACUGGAAAGAACAACGGCGUACUUCAUUGCAUAUUCUCAGAGACUUUGGAAUGGGGAAGAAUUUGAUGGAAGAGCAGGUAUUGCUAUCAGCUCAAGAAUUUCUCGCUCAUAUGGCUUCCAUAAAAGAUAAGGAAGCGAUGGAUUUGCGGCAGCCUAUUCAGGGUGACAAUUGGAAAGAACAACGGCGUACCUCAUUGCAUAUUCUUAGAGAUUUUGGUAUGGGGAAGAAUUUGAUGGAGGAACAGGUAUUGCUAUCAGCUCAAGAAUUUCUCACUCAUAUGGCUUCCAUAAAAGAUAAGGAAGCGAUGGAUUUGCGGCAGCCAAUUCAGAUUUUUAUCGCAAACAUCAUCAAUAAGACGUUAUAUGGGUUUAGCUAUGAUUAUAAUGAAAGUGAUCGUUUAAUGAAGACUGUGGAUCAGAUAACGGAAUUUCUCGACGAAGCAAAAAAAAGCAAGCUGCUAUUGUUUACGCAUAUGUUUCCAUUUUUACAUCAUCUACCCAUAAUAGGAUAUUUAGCAAAAGAUAGAUUCGAGAAGAUGAUGGAACUUGUGAGUUCUUUUAUUUUGUGGAUUAAUACUUUUAAAAAAUAUGAAGUCAAAGAUACAGUUAGAGAAGAUGUGAAACGAUGUCUGGAAACUUAUACUAUCGACCAAGAGCCAGAAUGUUUUGUGCAUGCAUAUUAUCAGAGAAUGCAGACGAAUUCUAACUUGGAGUAA